CUUUCUAGCGAUGCUCUUGAUGCAUCGAACAUUGAAGAAAGUUGAGGAAAGUCAGCGGCGACCUUGAUGCAUAGAAUCGGAAAAGAAGACGAGAGCCUUUUGAGAUUUCCGAUUCCAGCCCAUUUUUUGAUGUUUUUGACAUGAUUCUUUGAGCUCUUGAAUCGUUUGAAGCCGAGCAAUCACUUCCUAGGCUUGGUUGGGUGAUUUCGCUGCUGGAAAAUGGCAAAAUCGCAGGUCAAAAUUGCGGAGUUACUGUUCAUCGACGAACACAAAUUCUUCAUUUGGCCUCGUUUCCAGCUCGAUUGAUGGCUAAUUUUUGGGGUUUAGGAGCGGCUUCGGAUGCUUAAUCAAGGUCUGAAGUUGGAAUUCCAUUCCAACUGAAAUCCCUUUCGAUUUGAGCAUUUUUUGGAUUCUUUGGCACUGUUCACAGUCCGAAAUUGAAACCCAGGUUUCACCAUGUUGCUGGGGUCUUUUGCUUCCAAUUUUUUGGCUUUGAGCUCGGUUUUCAGGGCCCUUUCAAUGUCUAUUGCUGGGUUUUGGAUUCACAUAACAUGUUUUAAUCUUCUUGAUUUUUGGUGCUCGAAUCACUGUUCAUGUUCUUGGAUACUGCCUGCUGCUUUGCUACUGGUUUGGGCUGCUGCUUGGCCUGGUUUGCUUUGCUGUUUGAGGUUGUUUCUAAUUUGAAUAUGGGCUGACUCUCUAGUGCAUUUUGGCUAUAACCUUCAUUCAAUGUAUUGUUUUACCUUCUUCAUUUGGGACUGUCCAGAGGUUGCUGCCUGUGUGGUUUGAUUGGCUUUUGGGUCUGUUUCUUGGCUUGUUGUAAGGUGAAAUGUAUUUGAAUUAGGGCUGUACCAUUAUUGGGUGUGGAAAUCUCUGAUUUUCGGGCUGCCAUCUCCAAACAACAGCCCCUCCUGGGGGGAAGGGGGUUUGAUGUUUGCUAGCUGAACUCAUGUACUUGAGGGAUGGGGAUGGUAUGCAUUGGUUGCUGGCAGGCCAACCUUCUUCCUUUUGCACUGGAUGAUUUUCUUCUGCCUCGUUUUGGCCUACCACUGCCCAGGCCACUCAAAUCUCUGGUUGGCAUUCAUACUUGGUGUAUAAGGCAGUUCUUGGGCAGCCUUUCUACUUGGUGUUUGUAAUGCUGAAUCAUGGGUUAAUCGAGGUUGUCUCUGGGUGGGGAAAGGCCGCUGUGUUGCUGGUUUGUGGCUGCCUAAGGAUCCAUCUUCUUGGCCCCUUUGUGAGCCAUGAAUUGGCCGUGUUUGGAAGGGAGCAGGCUGCACUUUUCGGUGGUGCAGAUUCACCACCCUGUGGUGGUUUUGCUGGGUGUGCGGCUGCUUGGUUGGCUUUCUGACUGUGCCUUAGUAACUGCUUUACCUUGUGCUAACAGCCACUUUAAUGGGAAACCAUUGUUGAGCCUUGGGCUCCAAUGUUUCAACACCACAAAAAGGGAAGGAUUCGAUGUAACCCCCUGGUGAUUGAAGUAUGUUUUAACCAUAUAAGCAGCUGGUUUGGGCUGGGGCAGAGGCAGUUUUCAUAUGGCGCAUCUGUGGUUGUGGCUUCAUGACUUCACCACCCGGGUUACCUUGUGACCUUUUGGGGUGGAGGAGGACAUAUGAAUGGCUGCUUCCACCUUCUCUUCUUUGCCCUUCUCUUUCUUUUUUGGCCAAGUUUUUGGCAUGACCUUUGUGAUCUCAUACCCGAUCUAUUGUGGGAUACUAGUACCAAAUGUCACGCCGUCCUUGUAGGGCUGAGGCUUCCUCUGGCGUUUGGAAAUGGUGGCUCCUUGGAUUAUGGGUACGAUAUUUCAAAAUUGGGGGUGAACUUGAAGAUCCUAGCAAUGCUGAGGGAUAUGCUGAUGCAGUGGCAGGCAUUAACGCUUGUGACCCUUCGGUUUUGGUGUCUUGAGGAUUAGCAAAGCUCUCAUGACCACGAAAGCUUGAUUGUUCCAAUGAUGAUGGAUUCCAUACCUUCGGAGGAUAUUUUUGGGAUUAACGCAUGUUGAUGAGGACAGUCCUUGAGCUCUCAACCCGGUGGUGCUUACUUUCGGAGUUUGAUAAUGACGGACCUACCUUUUGAUGUUCCUUUGAGGAUGACAAUGCAUGAAGACGAGGAUGGGCCUUGGUGAUGGUGAUGAUCAUGUUUCUUUGUGAUGUACAUUUAUUCCCCUGGUGCUUGUACUUGUUUAUUCAUGUCUUGUUGAUUGGGCGUGCGUGCCUUUGGCGUGUGUGCCACUAUUUCUUUGAUUUUAUAGGGGUAUGCCCCGGUGCAUUGUAUGUUUACUUCGUGGAUGUAUUUUGUAUUGACUCUCGGAUAUUAAUAAUUUACAUUUUAUCCU